AUGUUAUUUUAUGCCGGAAACCAUCCUUAUCUAUCUAUCUAUCUAUCUAUCUAUCUAUCUAUAAGAGACGCAACUGCAAGUAACUUCUUCUUCUUCGUCCUGCAGCUCUUCUCGCUAAGGUCCGAACUCUUCUCUCUGCCGUCUGAGGUAGACUCUUCUCUCUGCCUUCCGGGGCUGAACUCAACUUGCUUGUUUGGCCUGCAACUUUUACUGCCUGUCUGGCCUGCAACUCUUCUGCCUAUCUGGCCUGCAAUUCUUCGGCCUGUCUGGCCUGCAGCUCUUCUGCUUGUCUGGCCUGCAGCUCUUCUUCUUAUCUGGCCUGCAAUUCUUCUGCUUGUCUGGCCUGCAGCUCUCUGCCUGUCUGGCCUGCAAUUCUUCUGCCUGUCUGGCCUGCAGCUCUUCUUCUUGUCUGGCCUGCAAUUCCGCUCCAACUUCUCUGCGGCUUUCGAGCAAUUUUCUUCUCUUCGACUUGGCUACCUUCUCUGCCUAUUCUGGCGAGAAAAAUUAUCUAUCUUUGUCUAUAUAAUAUCUAUCUAUCUAUCUAUCUAUCUAUCUAUCUAUCUAUCUAUCAUUUGUACAUGUCUAUGUAGUUAUGUAUGUUUCAUUUGUAAUCUAUCUAUCUAUCUAUCUAUCUAUCUAUCUAUCUAUCAUCUAUCUAUCUAUGUCUGUUUCAAUAUCUAUUUAUCUCUGUUCAAUAUCUAUCUAUCUAUCUAUUCUCUAUCUAUCUAUCUAUCUAUAUUUCAAUAUUUAUAUUUCAACAUCUAUCUAUCUAUCUAUCCAUCCAUCUAUCUAUCUAUCUAUGUCUGUUCAACAUCUAUCUAUCUAUCUAUCUAUCUAUCUAUCUAUCUAUCCAUCUAUCCAUCUAUCUAUAUCUGUUCCAUCUAUCUAUCUAUCUAUCUAUCCAUCUAUCCAUCCAUCCAUCCAUGUCUAUUCAACAUCCAUCCAUCUAUCUAUCUAUCUAUCUAUCUAUCUAUCUAUGUCUGUUCAAAAUCUAUCUAUCUAUCUAUCUAUCUAUCUAUCUAUCUAUCUAUCUAUGUCCGUUCAAAAUCUAUCUAUCAUCCAUCCAUCUAUCUAUCCAUCUAUCUAUCUAUAUCAUGUCUGUUCAACAUCUAUCAUCUAUCUAUCUAUCUAUCUAUCUAUCUAUCUAUCUAUCUAUCUAGAAAUGUUCAAUAUCUAUCUAUCUAUCUAUCAUCCAUCUAUCUAUGCAUCUGUUCAAUGAUUAUCUAUCUAUCUAUCCAUUAUCUAUCUAUCUAUCUAUCUAUCUAUCUAUGUCUCUCUUCUGCUUGUCUGGCCUGCAGCUCUUCUUCUUAUCUGGCCUGCAAUUCUUCUGCUUGUCUGGCCUGCAGCUCUUCUGCCUGUCUGGCCUGCAAUUCUUCGGCCUGUCUGGCCUGCAGCUCUUCUGCUUGUCUGGCCUGCAAUUCCGCUCCAACUUCUCUGCGGCUUUCGAGCAAUUUUCUUCUCUUCGACUUGGCUGCAACUUCUCUGCCUAUUCUGGCGAGAAAAAUUAUCUAUCUUUGUCUAUACAAUAUCUAUCUAUCUAUCUAUCUAUCAUUUGUACAUGUCUAUGUAGUUAUGUAUGUUUCAUUUGUAAUCUAUCUAUCUAUCUAUCUAUCUAUCUAUCUAUCUAUGUCUGUUCAAUAUCUAUUUAUCUCUGUUCAAUAUCUAUCUAUCUAUCUAUCUAUCUAUCUAUCUAUCUAUCUAUGUUCAAUAUUUAUGUUCAAUAUCUACCUAUCUGUCUGUCUGUCUGUCUAUCGAUGUCUGUUCAAUAUCUAUGUCUGUUCAAUAUCUAUCUAUCUAUCUAUCUAUCUAUCUAUCUAUGUCUGUUCAAUAUCUAUCUAUCUAUCUAUCUAUCUAUCUAUCUAUCUAUCUAUCUAUCUAUUUUUCCAUAAUCUAUCUAUCUAUCUAUCUAUCUAUCUAUCUAUCUAUCUAUCUAUCUAUCUAUCUAUCUAUCUAUCUAUACAUUGA